AUGUCGUCAACUCCUGAUAGCCAGACGCAGCCUUUGAAACGCAAGUCAACAGACCCGCGUAUGGACCCCAUGGCCAAGAGACACAGUCUUCAGUAUGAUCCGCAGGUUCCUUGGCUGCACGAGUUAAAUCCUACAGGUAUAUGGCGAACUCAAGGGAAUCCAGAUGUUCACCAUGCACUCCCGCUGGCAAACAUGGUAUCUGCUGUCCAAGACCUGAUUGAUCCAGACUUUGAUCCGUUGACAGCGAUGCUGGACGAUGAGCCACGAUUUCUCAAGCCUUUGCCUGCUCGAAUCGCUCCAGAAGAUCUGGAGUUCCUGAGGUUCCGCGGUGCACUCUCUCUGCCUGAGAGCGGACUUCGCAACGAAUUGUUGCGCUGUUAUAUUCAAUGGGUGCACAGUUUCAUGCCCGUUUUGAACCUGCAAGAGUUUCUGCGAUGUGUUGCCGAGAAUGACCCAGCGGGAAAUGUUAGCAUCCUCUUGUUUCAGGCAGUCAUGUUCAUUGGAACCGCAUUUGUCGACCUCAAGCAUUUGCAGGACGCUGGGUAUUCAACACGCAAGAGCGCACGUAGCGCUUUCUUCACUCGAUUGCGGUUACUAUAUUCACUUGACUGUGAAGAGGACCGUAUCGUGAUUUUGCAAACAUUGUUAUUGAUGACAUAUUGGUCUGAUCCUGAAAAUAGCCCGCAGCGAGAUAUCUGGGACUGGAUUGGAAUAUGCAACACGCAGGCACAGUCCAUUGGGCUCAAUAAAGACCCUUCAUCGGGUGAAAUAGAUAUACACACUCGACGAUUACGCUCUCGGCUGUGGUGGUGUCUUUUUUCUCGAGAUCGACUCAUUGCUAUGGGAAUGCGUCGCCCUUUGCAGGUCAACGAAGGCACGAGUAGUGUUCCAAUGCUUCGCCUGGAUGACUUCGAUUUUGAACCCUUCUCCCCAUCCGUGAUAGCAAACUUCCGUUGUCGCCAGCUCGAGGACGUCUCACAUCAGAAACGCCUGGCUAUCAUGUUUAUCGAGAAGAUGAAGCUUUGCCAGUGUAUUGGCAGAGUGUUAUUUGCCCAAUAUACACCCUCUCAGCGUCAAUUCGGUGCCACAAAUCGCACAACGGUCACCAUCGUACCAAGACAGGCGUCUGAGUCGGAGUUUGCACGAUGCGGUCAGAAACUCGACUCUUGGCUAAGUGCGCUCCCUAAGGAUGCCCAAUUUAUCCCCAAAACAAGGACCAAUUUUCAGGACGGCGAAGACGUCCUUUUAUUACAUGGCGCAAUGCUUCGCAUGCUUUACCAUGCCACCAGCAGUGCACUACACCGGCCGUGGGCUACAGCUACCAAAGAUCAAUCGAAGUCCCGUAACGACUGGCGAAACACUGCUCGCAGCAAGAUGCACGAUGCUGCAGGAGGCAUCACACAUAUCAUACAAGGCUUGAACCAGCUUAAUCUGACACGUUUUCUACCCCAAUCUGGGGUAACUGUCAUUCUACCUGCUGCCGUGGCGCACUUAUCCAACACAAUGUCCGACAAUGCAGCUGUUCGAGAAAACAGUGUCUCUAACUUCCACCGCUGCAUAAAAGUCUUACAUUGUCUGAAGGAUAUCUACCCCGCCGCCGAUCAAGAGUAUGCCAAUAUCGAAGCUGCUAUAAAGAUGCAGUCUGGGGCAUCGAGUACAUUUUUCGAAGUGAUGCAGUACAAUCUCGAUGCCCCUGCUAUAUCGCUAACAACCAGGAAAUCGAGUACCUCGCAAUCUCUGCCAACGCCUCAAAUGCAUCCAUCGAUAUUUGGAAACUCUACCAAUGAGAAUGAAACGCCUAAGCCACGGGCCGCAUCGACCCAAGAGGCAGCCAGUCAAAUAAAGCAAAGCCCCCAACCUGCACAAGAAUCGGCCCCGCCACUCUUCCCAAAUGACUUCGAUCAAUUUGAUGACCCAAACAGCGUCGGCAACAAUCCUUUCAAUUUCCUUUCAAUCGAUAUUGACUCUUUCCCCGAUAUUCCUACGCCUGCCCGCCCAUCGACACUCGAAAACGCCGAUUCAAUGAACAUAUCUCCACUUGCUCAGGAGCCAGAUACCGUCGAUUGGGCACAAGAGCUCUUCCGGGAGACUGACAUGCACCAAUUCAGUCAUACUGAAUCCUUUGGCGAACUACACGCAGCAAAUCAAAUACAAGAUAUUCCGGAGCAUGGGACAUUUCCGUUUUCCUUGGAAGGUACAGAUGACACGAUUCCACAGGUUGACCUUUGUCAUCAACCUGUAACUAGUGCAAGACCCGAUAUUACUGGUGAUCUGGACAGGGAUCUUGGUUUUCAAUCUGGGGAUGAUAUGUUUUGA